GGUGGAGCUAGUUAUUGCCUGCAUGUUGUAUGUUAUUGUAAAGCCUAGGAGGAUCACCUCGGAUUGUGUUUCACUCCGCUAUGGCGUCGAUUCUGGCCAAGAAACAUUGGGAAGAAGCUGUAAAGAAAGUUAAAUCCUUAGAAGAUCCUUGGGAAGAUAUAGAUUUUGAUUCUCUCCCCGAAAGAGUGGCAAUCCGACAUGUUUAUAAUCCUAGAUCGAAGUCAUGGUGGCAAGAUGAAGUGUUGAUUAAAAUGCAGGAAAAACCCUUUGCUUUUGGUGCUAUGAGGGAAUGCUAUAGAAUGAAGAAGUUGUCCAAGUUUUCAGUGCAGCCUGAUUGGCACAAUGCAUCGAAUUAUGUUGCUAAGUGUUAUAAAAGUGAAGAAUCUGCAACUGCUUUGAAACAGGAUGUUCAACUUCAGAUGGAUGCCAAGUUAUGGGGAGAGAAAUAUAACAAAAGAAACCCUCCAAAGAAAGUUGACUUUUUUCAAGCCUAUCUUAUAACACUGAAGGAGCCACUGAAUGGCAAGACAAAUUAUUGUGUCGAACAUUUUAUGGAAGGCAAUUAUAUUAAAUACAACUCAAAUAGUGGCUAUAUUUCAGAUGUUAACAGGCUUACUCCACAGGCAUUCAGUCAUUUUACGUUUGAAAAGUCUGGUCACCAACUAAUUGUUGUUGAUAUUCAAGGAGUGGGGGAUUUAUAUACUGACCCACAAAUUCAUACACUUGACAUGAAAGACUAUGGUGAGGCUAAUCUUGGUGAUAAAGGAAUGGCAUUAUUCUUCUCAUCUCAUCUCUGCUCACCUCUCUGCUCUGCACUUGGACUAUCUUCUUUUGACCUCCAUGACAAAGAACGUGUUAGAUUAAUGUCUCAUAGUUGGGAGGUAUCCACCACCACAGUUGUCACCCCAAUAGAUAAUGAUGAAGCAGUACCAAAGCAAUUAUGUAGUAAAAGGAAGAGCCUGUCGGAUGUUUUUGAAAGAGUUUCUUUGGAUCUAACAGCUGGAUCGCUUUCUAGUCCUGUAAUUGAAAACAAGCAUAUCUCUGAUGAUGUGUUUAAUGACAAAUCAAAGGAGACAGGGAGCGAAGCAACUGUUACUAGGUUGCAGGAAAAUGUGAAGCACAGAAUAUCUAGUGUGGCAUUGGAACUGAUGGAGGGUGACACAAUUGUUGAAUCAUAUUCAUUGGAGCAAAAGAAUGUCAAUCUGGGGCAGGUACACUAUGAAAUGGCAAUAUAUCACUCUAAAGGAAGGUUUACUUCUGAACCUGACCUUGAUGCGUCACUGUUUCAUCUACAUAAAGCAGCGGACUUGUGUUUAGGUGCUGCCUUGUUUGAGUUAGGUUGCAUAUAUAGGCAACUACCACACUAUGAGCUAGACUGUCUUUCUGUUGAGGCAACACCAGAUAAUGAAGCUAUGGGACUGAAAUAUUUGAAGUCUGCAGCCAAGACUGGUCUGAGACAAGCAAUGAUUGUUGUUGGAAGAAUACUGGAGACAGGAGAGAAUUCAGAGAGGGACUGGAAAGAGGCUGCGCACUGGUACACUCUAGCACUGAACUCUCUUAAAAGUGAAAGUGAAGUGCCGUUAGAAGAUGAUUAUAUCAUUAUGGCCAAAUUGGGAAACAUGUACAAUACAGGUAAAUUUGGGCUAAGCACUGACUAUGAAAAAGCUGGGCAGUAUUUUCAAGAAGCUGCAGAUCUGGCAAUGGAAGAAAUGAAGGGGAAAUUAGCUAAUAAAUACUACAUGCUUGCUGAAGAAGCAUGGUCAUGCAUGGACUGAAAUACUUUUGUUAUUAUACAUUUUUAUUUUGUCAAAUCAGUAUAUAUUACAAUUCCAUUUCAA